UCAAUUCUGCAAGUGGUUCUGAUUUACUAUCGCUGUUCUCUAGCUGAUCUAAACCGCUUUUGACCUAAAGGGACAUUUUUUGGACGCCAUGGACAUUUUUCUCAGUUUUCCAGGCAGAAAGAACAGACAAAAUGCAGGCAGGGCACAGGACAAAGCACUAGGGACAAUAUGUAUGUGAAUGAGUAAAAUGAAAAAAAAAAAUGACAUUUUUAAAAAUUUUUAAAUUUCCCGCCGCCGGCGGCUGCGGCGGCGCCCGUACGUCUCGACGUCACAGGGACAGGACACAGAAGCCAGAUGCCGGCAUCGGCCGGAGGAGAUGGCCAGGGACGCUGCAGGGGACACAU